AUGCUCCGACUCCUGCGGUUGCUGCUGACGCUGUUGCUGCCUCCCGCUGGGUCCUCUGAAUCCCCGGGGGUCCCUGAGCCCCCAGGUCUGGCCCUGCUAUCCCCAGGGGCGCCUCCCCAAGCCCCAGACUUGCUCUAUGCCGAUGGGCUGCGUGCCUACACAGCCGGGGCAUGGGCGCCCGCCGUGGCGCUGCUGCGGGAGGCGCUGCGAAGUAUGGAGGCUCUGGGCCGCACCCGGCGGGACUGCGGAGAGCACUGCGCGGCUGAGCCCGGAGCUGCGCUCCCCGCCGUGCUCCUAGAAGGCCCGGAGCCCGACUCUGGGCGGGGACAGGAGCCGGCCUCCUGGGAGCGGUCGCUCCUCCGCGCUGCGCUCCGCCGAGCCGAGUGCUUGACCCAGUGCGCCGCGCGAAAGCUCGGGCCCGGGGGCACCGCGCGACUCCGCGUGGGUAGAGCGCUCCAGGACGCCUUCCGCCGCCGGGAACCCUACAACUACAUGCAGAGGGCCUAUUACCAGCUGAAGAAGUUGGACCUGGCAGCAGCAGCAGCGCAUACCUUCUUCGUAGCGAAUCCAACACACCUGCAGAUGCGGGAGGACAUGGCAAAGUACCGCCGCAUGUCCGGAGUUCACCCCCAAAGCUUCCGGGACCUGGAGACGCCCCCACAUUGGACAGCAUAUGAUGCUGGCCUGGAGCUGCUGGGGCGCCAGGAGGCUGCACUGGCACUGCCUAGGCUGGAGGAGGCCCUGCAGGAGAGUCUGGCCCAGUUGGAGAGCUGCAGGGCUGGCUGUGAGGGGCCGGAGGUGCAGCAGGAGGAAGAAGUUCAGGAGGAAGGUACUGGGAGCCAGGGAGGCCUCUAUGAGGCCAUUGCAGGGCACUGGAUUCGAGUCCUGCAAUGCCGGCAGCACUGUGUAGGGGACAUAGCUACUCGUCCUGGCCGCAGCUCCCCUGUCCCUGACUUCCUUCCCGCCCAGCUGAGGAGGCUGCAGGAGGCCCAUGCUCAGGUGGGGAAUCUGUCCCAGGCUGUGGAAAAUGCCCUGAGCAUCCUGCUCUUCUACCCAGAGGAUGAGGCCGCCAAGAAGUCUCUGAACCAGUACCAGGCUCAGCUAGGGGAGUCAAGACCUGGCCUUGGGCCAAGAGAGGACAUCCAGCAUUUCAUCCUUCGAUCCUUGGCAGAGAAGAAACAGCUGUACUAUGCCAUGGAAUAUCUAGGGACCAGCUUCAAGGAUCCUGAUGCCUGGACCCCAGCAGCUUUCAUCCCUGAGGCACUCAGAGAAAAGGUCAGAGAGGAUCAGGAGAAGAGGCCCUGGGACCGUGAACCUCCACAGACAAAGCCUUUGACCCACUGGAAGGAUGUCCUUCUCCUGGAGGGAGUGACCCUGACUCAGGAUGCAAGACAGCUGAAUGGCUCAGAGCGAGCAGUACUGGAUGGCUUGCUCACCCCAGCUGAGUGUGGGGUACUGCUGCAGCUGGCCAAGGAUGCAGCUGGGGCUGGAGCCAGGUCUGGCUAUCGUGGCCGUCGCUCCCCUCACACCCCCCAUGAACACUUCGAGGGGCUCACAGUACUCAAGGCUGCACAGAUGGCCCAGGCAGGGACAGUGGGCAGUCAAGGUGCUAAACUGCUUCUGGAAGUGAGUGAGCGUGUUCGCACCUUGACAGAGGCCUACUUCUCCCCAGAGCGGCCCCUACAUCUGUCCUUCACACACCUAGUGUGCCGCAGCGCCAUCGAAGGAGAGCAAGAGCAGCGAAUGGACCUGAGUCACCCAGUGCAUGCAGACAACUGUGUCCUGGACCCUGAUACUGGAGAGUGCUGGCGGGAGCCUCCAGCCUACACCUAUCGUGACUACAGUGGACUCCUCUACCUCAAUGAUGACUUCCAGGGUGGGGACUUGUUCUUCACGGAGCCCAACGCUCUCACUGUUACGGCUCAGGUUCGGCCCCGCUGUGGACGUCUUGUGGCCUUCAGCUCUGGUGGAGAGAAUCCACAUGGUGUGUGGGCUGUGACACGGGGACGGCGCUGUGCCCUGGCACUGUGGCACACGUGGGCUCCAGAGCACAGGGAGCAGGAAUGGACACAAGCCAAGGAGCUACUGCAGGAGCCAGAAGAGGAGGAUGAGGAGGAUGAAGAGGAAGAAAUGCCCAGUAAAGACUCUGCCCCAGAGCCUCCAAGCCACAAGCUUCAACGAGUCCAAGACAAAUCUGGGAAGCCACCUCGGAUCCGAGAGGAGCUGUGAGGAGCUAUGCCAACUCCUUAUGAAUAUGGCCUCCUGAUGUGUGAAGGGUCACCUUGAUGCCAAGACCACCUGGAAGCCCCCUGUGACAUUAGGAGCAGGACAGCGAGCUGUCCCUGUAUUCCCACCAUCUUGGG